AUCCAACGGGGGCGGACGCUCCUCUUCCUCAUCUUCUCUCGCACAUCACAAAGAGGCUGAGACGUCUCACCAUUUACGAGUUCCUUUUUUUCGUGAACCAAAUCACACCUCGCCUGCAGUGUCUCGUGUCCCAGAACGCGAUUGCGUUUUUUUUUUGCACGUUUGGUUUCCAUAUCCCUCGUCUCUUGUACUCCCUUACCCACAUUUGGCCUAGCCGGAGGCGGUAGCCAGGGCCCAGGGCUGCUUCUUAUGGCCGCGCAGGAGAUGGAGGUUAUGAUGGUUGCGAUGGCGGCGGAGGCGCCGGUGGCUGUGGAGGUGGAGGCGGUUCCGGCGGUGGCGGGGGGGCUAAACGCGACGGUGCCCGCGUUGUACGUGGGCGAUCUCCACGAAAGCGUGCGGGAGGAGCACCUGCUCGAGGUGUUCGGCAAGAUUGGCACCCUCACGUCCGUGCGCGUCUGCCGCGACAAUGCCACGAGCAACUCCCUCAGAUAUGGAUACGUGAAUUACCUCUCCCAGGCUGACGCUGCAAUUGCUUUGGAGAAACUAAAUCAUAGUCUUAUUUUGGAUAAGCCGAUCAGAGUAAUGUGGUCUAACCGAGAUCCAGAUGCUAGGAGAAGUGGGGUUGGAAAUGUGUUUGUUAAGAAUCUUAAUGAUUUAGUUGACAAUGUAAGUCUACAAGAAUUAUUUUGCAAGUUUGGAGAUAUAUUAUCUUGUAAAGUCGCUAAAAAUGAGGAUGGGACAAGUAGAGGCUAUGGAUUUGUUCAAUUUGCGUUGCAAGAAUCAGCAGAUGCAUCAAUUCAAAAUCUUAACAACUCUCAUUUUUGUGGCAGGCAAUUGCAUGUUGCUACAUUUAUUAAGAAGAGUGAACGAUCUACAAACAAUGAUGACAAAUAUACUAACCUAUACAUGAAGAACCUUGAUGAUGAUAUAACAGAGGAACUUAUUAAGUUAAAGUUCUCUCAGUAUGGUUUAGUAAUUAGUGUAAAGAUAAUGAAAAGAGAUGAUGGGACAUCUAAGGGCUUUGGGUUUGUAAGUUUUCAAAACCCAGAAAGUGCCAAAAGAGCAAAAGAAUCCAUGAACGGGAUGCUACUUGGAUCAAAAACCUUGUAUGUAGCAAGAGCUCAAAAGAAAGCUGAAAGGAAACAAUAUUUGCAACGCUUACACGAGGAGAAGAGAAAUGAAAUAAUCACCAAGAGCAAUGGGUCGAAUGUCUAUAUAAAAAAUAUUAAUGAUGAAGUUGGCGACGAUGCUCUCCGUGAACGGUUCAAUGAAUUUGGAAACAUUACAUCAGCAAAGAUUAUGCGUGAUGAAAAGGGUAUUAGCAAAGGAUUUGGAUUUGUAUGUUACAACACACCUGAGGAAGCAAAAUGUGCUGUAAGCAACAUGCGUGGUGUAAUGUUUUAUGGCAAACCAUUGUACGUUGCUAUUGCUCAAAGGAAAGAGGAAAGACGAGCCAAACUAGAGCAACGUUUUGCUGAGCUUGCAACGAUGGUUGGAGCUACAAGUCCUGUCAUACCCACAGGAUAUCCUCAAUUUUACUUUGCCCACCCUAGUACACAUCUCCCUCAAAGUCCAGGGAGACAAGGAUUUAUGUAUCCACCCAUAGGGAUUAGUCAAGAAUGGAGGCAUAACAUGUUUCCCUCGUCACAUAAUAUCCAACAAAUACAUUCACCGAUUAUGCGAAAUACUCCACGGCAAUACAGAAACAACAGGGGAAGGAUGAAUGGAAAUAUGAUGCAUUUUCACCACACUGUGAACUAUGUUCCACAUGCGCAGCCAGCUAAAGAAUUCAUGUCCAUGUCCCGACAGCGAUUUAGCCAUGCUAAGUAUAUUCCAAAUGACAUCAUGGCCAAUGGAUUGGCUAUUCAUCAUGGUGACUCUAUUUCAUCGAUGAAUGACGCUUUUAACAACCUGCUAGCUACUGCUCCACCCGAGGAACAGAAGAACAUGCUUGGGAAUAGACUAUAUCCGUUGGUUGAGAGACAUCAUCCUGACCUUGCCAGUAAAAUCACUGGAAUGUUACUUGAGCUAGGUAAUUCUGAAGUGGUCAUGCUACUUUACUCAUCAAACAUGUUGUCUGCCAAAAUAGAGGAGUGUGUCAAACUGCUCCAAGAGGUAAAACCCAAACCUGAAGAUCAAGAGGCCCUGCACCCUGGUUUCCUCCUAGACUCUGCUGGUGUAAACGCCAACUAAGAAUUCAAUGCCAAUCCAAGCUUUUGACCGUGCUAAAUAUAUUAUGUAUUUGUGUUUUAGAGAUGCUAAUUAGAUAGAUGCUCUUUAUUUCAUAGUUUAUGGAACUAUAUUAUUGGGCUUGUUAUAGAACUUACUAAUAAUGCCUAGGAUUUAGGUAGAAAUCUCGGGAGUUUUUCUUAAACGGAGCUUGUUACGAAUCUUAGAUAAUAAAUUAUAUAUGAUGGUGUUCUUGUGUUAUAUAUA